AUGACUCUCUCAAAACAAUUCUUCCCUUUACUUUUCCUCUUCCUCUUCAUCUUCCCUCUCCAACACGCCACAAACCCUAAAACAUGUUCUUCUUCCUUUUGGGGAUCGCUUCUAAAUAAAUGUGAACGAUUCGGUGUCUCCAUCCGUUUUCCUUUCUGUGGCCACGCGGGAUUCAGUCUCCACUGCACCAACUUCAAUAAGACAGUCAUUGAGCUUCCUAUGUCCGGAACAUUUCUUGUCCAUAGGAUCAAUUACCUAAAGCAGCAGAUUUCUCUCAAAGACCCUCAAGGCUGCAUGGUGAAACGGCUUUUAUCAUUCAACACUUCGGGAUCUCCUUUCUCUCCUCGCUUCAAUGUGUACUACACGUUCUUGACUUGUCGUAAGGAGGUCUUGAUGCCGUCUUGGUAUCCGCCGAUCCAUUGCCUAAGCAAUUCUACGUCCUCCUUCUUCGCUACGUCUAAUCUGACUCUAGCGAAUUCGAUGCUGCCUUCUUGCCAGAUCGUGAAGAGAGUGGCUGUUCCGGUUAAUGUGCCGUUUGAAGAUAACGGAUUCUCUACUGUCAUCAACGUUUUAGACCUGUUGCUGGAAUGGAGCUCGCCGAAUUGCAGUGGUUGUGAGAAGCAUAGCUUGAGAUGUGGUUUCAAGAACAAGGCCUCCCUUGAAGUCAAAUGCUUCGAUGAUGAAUCCGGUCAUUUGAGCGCUAGUUUAGUACUAAUUAUAGCCCUCUGCACGAUCGGAGGAUUCUCCAUCUUCGUUUGUAUUGCUAUGAGCGUUUACCAUUCCGAGAGGUUUAUCUUUCAUAGAAGCGCGGCUGUUGCGACUAGAGCCCUACCGCAGCAGCCAAGAAGAGUUCUCGUCACCACGACGGGUCUUGACCAGUCGACAAUAGAGUCAUACAAGAAAGUGAAGCUGGGAGAAAGUAGAAGGCUUCCGGGUACUAAUGGUAUCAUCUGUCCCAUUUGUUUAUCAGAAUAUGCUAAGACAGAGACCUUACGGUGCAUACCAGAAUGUGACCACUGCUUCCAUGUCGAAUGUAUUGACGUGUGGCUCAAGAUUCAUGGUUCGUGUCCUAUUUGUCGGAAGACGUUGAUGUUGUCAACAUUGUAG